AUGACCCCGUGUCCCUCGGCCGCCCCCAUCGAAGGCCGCCGCGAGGAUCGCGCCGUGUGGCUUCCUCUGACGGAUUCCGUCGCGCCCCGGCAGCAGGGGCAUGUGGCGGCCGGCGAGGUGCAAGCGCCCUUGCCGCCGCUCCUCCCGCCCGCAGCGGCGGACCGGAGCGGGGCGGGCCUGGCCGCGCUGCACUGCGGACGGCGGGCGCCGACCGGCGGGCUGCAGGAAUACGGAACACUUUAUAUUCAGGAAUACAAGAAAAAGAGCAAAGUGGAGUCAAGUACAUGCAGCAGCUUCAUGGGCUUAAAGGAUCAUCUGGGGCAUGACUUAGGCCACCUUUACGUGGGGAGCACUGGCACACAAAUAAAUGCAAUUGUACCCUGGUCAAUGGCGGAGAAGCCAACGAUGGAUAAGGUUAAUUCUAGGAAAGAAGAUGUAGACAAGGAGGUAUCUGAAGAGACUUCUGGAAGCUCCAGCUGUGACUCUGAAGAAAGCACUAAUUCUGAUAAUGAUUCUGAGAGACUGAACAAUUCUGCAUCCAAAUCACUGUUAUUGCCUAAGACUCACCGACAGCUGUGCCGAUCUCCUUGCUUAGAGCCUCAUAUACUAAAAAGAAAUGAAAUCUUGCAAGACUUUAGGAUAGAAGAGGCUCAGAUAGUAUCUAAGGAAGUCAAAAAGCCCCCUGAUGUGGUGAAAGAAUAUCAAACCAAACUGGAGUUUGCACUUAAGUUGGGUUACUCUGAGGAGCAGGUUCAACUUGUACUAAAUAAACUUGGUACUGAUGCUUUAAUAAAUGAUAUUUUGGGAGAACUUGUCAAACUUGGGAAUAAAACUGAGACUGAUCAGACAACUAAUACUAACACUAGUGUAAUGCGGGAAGCGUCUUCCAUAGAGUCUCAGAGGUCCGAGUCUCCGCUGCAGGAGGAUGUGACGGAGGAUGGUGACAACCUGAGACCAAUAGUUAUUGAUGGCAGCAAUGUUGCAAUGAGCCACGGGAACAAAGAAGUAUUUUCUUGUCGAGGAAUCAAGUUGGCAGUAGACUGGUUUCUGGAAAGAGGCCACAAGGAUGUUACUGUGUUUGUGCCAGCGUGGAGAAAAGAACAGUCAAGACCUGAUGCUCUUAUCACAGAUCAAGAAAUCCUGCGUAAGUUAGAAAAGGAGAAGAUUCUGGUGUUCACACCCUCGCGCCGAGUGCAAGGCAGAAGGGUGGUGUGCUAUGAUGACCGCUUUAUAGUGAAGUUGGCCUUUGAGUCAGAUGGCAUCAUUGUUUCUAAUGAUAACUACAGGGAUCUAGCUAAUGAAAAGCCUGAAUGGAAGAAGUUCAUAGAUGAACGCUUGCUGAUGUAUUCAUUUGUUAAUGACAAAUUUAUGCCUCCUGAUGAUCCUCUUGGCCGCCACGGUCCAAGUCUGGACAAUUUUCUUAGGAAGAAGCCUAUUGUGCCAGAACAUAAGAAGCAACCGUGUCCAUACGGGAAGAAAUGUACCUACGGACACAAAUGCAAAUACUAUCAUCCAGAAAGAGGAAAUCAGCCUCAGCGAUCUGUAGCUGAUGAACUUCGUGCCAUGUCUAGAAGCACAGCUGCCAAAACUACAAGUGAAGGAGGACUGGUAAAAAGCAAUAGUGUUCCCUGUAGUACUAAAAACGACAGCACUUCUGAGCUGAAGCGUGCUGCUCCAAAGAGGCAAUCGGAUCCUAGUAUAAGGACUCAAGUCUAUCAAGACUUGGAGGAAAAGCUUCCCACCAAAAACAAAUUGGAAACCAGGUCUGUACCCUCUUUAGUUAGUAUACCAAGUUCCUCUGCUGCAAAACCCCAAAGUACUGCACCUUUAACUAACGGCCUUCCAUCCGGAGUUCACUUCCCACCUCAGGAUCAAAGACCACAGGGACAGUAUCCCACAGUGAUGAUGGCAACCAAAAACCACGGAACGCCGAUGCCUUACGACCAGUAUCCCAAAUGCGAGUCUCCUGUGGACGUAGGGUAUUACUCCAUGCUGAGUGCGUAUUCGAACCUAAGCGUGUCAGGUCCGCGUAGUCCCGAGAGACGCUUCUCGCUGGACACGGACUAUCGGAUCAGCUCUGUAGCUUCCGACUGCAGCAGCGAAGGGAGCGUUAGCUGCGGCAGUAGCGAUUCCUACGUGGGCUACAGCGAUCGCUCCUACAUGAGUUCACCCGACCCGCAGCUGGAGGAGAACUUGAAGUGCCAGCACAUGCACCCUCACGGCCGCCUUAACACUCAGCCUUUCCUGCAGAGCUACCACGAGCCUCUCGCACGAGUGCAGAACUAUAACCACGAAGAACCAAAGCAUCACCACAAACCUCCGAUCCCUUACAUGGCUGUGCACCUGCAGCAUCCCGCCGUCAGUGCUCGCUCUAGUUGCCCGAAUGACUACUCCACGUCAGGGAGCUCGUCGCACGCCAAGGCGGUGCACCUGGGGCGAGCCCUCGUCUCCACGAGGGUCGAUAGCAUCUCAGACUCACGCCUCUACGAGAACUCUCCCUUAAGACACAGGAAGCCUUAUUCUGGCCAAGACGGGCUCGGCAGCUGGGACAGGCAGAGUUACGGGAUGGAGGCGUAUGGCUACCGCCAGACCUACUCCCUGCCAAACAACCCCACGCAGCCGUGUUACGAGCAGUUUGCCUUCCAAAGCUUACCCGAGCAGCAGGACCAGACCUGGCGCGUACCGUACUGUGGGAUCCCUCAAGACCCUCCGAGGCACCAAGACACCCGGGAGAAGGUUUACAUUAACCUGUGUAACAUCUUCCCCCCCGACCUUGUGAGGAUCGUCAUGAAGAAGAACCCUCACGUGACGGACGCGCAGCAGCUCGCUGCAGCCAUCUUAGUGGAAAAAUCUCAGCUAGGUUAUUGAGAGAUGAUGCAUCUUUGUGGUGUCUAGUAGUUUUCAGCUCAGCUCUAAUGCUGAGGGAGGUUUGCUACAAUAGCAUUUGGGAUCUCCUUCUCAGCAAGGAGGUUAUAUAGUAAUCCGUUUAUGUGAAAUACUGUAUCAUGGAGUCUGUAUGUGUAGCCCCAUGCAUUGGAAGUACCAGAUACGUUUUGCGUUCUAGUUUGAAAUUUUUUAAAUGGCUAUUUUCACAGCUGGAGAAAUGUUCCAGUUUAAAUUAAUAUAUAUAUAUAUAUAUUUAAAAAAUAAUAAAAACCUGUGGUCUCUGGUUAUAAUCUUUGGUGCAUCAGGGGUUUAUAUGCAGCACUUUCUAUCCCUGUUACCCGUUGUUUUUGGUUUUUAACUUGCUGGAUGUUUGUCCUUGGGCUGUGUGGUGUUGAGGCAACCUGCAGAAAGAGGAUUGCGCUACUUCUGGCAGGCAGCUUUCAGGACGAGUUUUUGAACUUUUUGCACCACCAUGAGUAUGUAUGUUUGUUUGUUUGUUUGUGAGCUUUUGUGUGUGUGCUAUAAUCAUCUAUUUAUAGGAAACAAAGAUUUACUACAGCACUGACUUCAUUUUUUUUAAAAAACAAGUAAUUAAGUUACCAGUUAUCAGUGAAAUGGGUAACAAUAUAACGGUAAUUUAUAGUAUGGCACUUUUCAUUGCUUGCUUUGUUUUGUUUAAAUGGUUAUGUGUUUUGUUGAUGCAGCCAAUUAGUAAAAUCAGAUGCAAUCAGAGGAAGAAAAAAAAUACCUUUUUUUUCCUUACUCAUUUAUGGAUGAGGUAAAAACCCUAUUGCCUGAUUUUUAAAGGCGCUGAGAAUUUGCAGCCCCCCUGAAAGCCAACAUAAGCUGCAAAUGCUCAGAGCCUCUUCCCCAGACCCAGGCCUCCCUGUUUCAGUUUUUGUGUCUUGUUACCCAGCUUCCUGUGUUUCUGAUCAGUAAAAGGGCGCCUGAAAUCACAGGGUUCCAUUUAGUUGUUUUAUGUGCUUUUCCUUUGUAUUGCUGCACAAGUGUACUGGAUAAAAUACGCUUUUCAUAAAAUAUUUACCUGUUUUUAAAUGAAUUUAAUUAUCUCAAUGCAAGUUUUGUAUUUAAGAUACUGUUUGAUUUUUCUUGCUAUUUAUCAAGGCUGGCCUGAAAAGGUUUUGUGUGUUGAGAAUAUGCAACAUUUAUUAACUGCACUAUGGUAAUGAUAUUGUAGCUCAAAAUAAUAACUUAAACUUUUAUCUUUUUUUUUUUUCCCCUUUCUUUCUGUUUCUGUUGAGGAGGGGAGGGUUGCAGGCAGAGAAGCUACCCUGUGUGUUCCUGAAGUUAGUUUUUGGCCUGUUGCAUUGUGUAGGCCUCACUCUCGCCACAAAUAGUGUAGUUUUAGAAACAGACAGAGUCUGUUUUAGUAUUAGAAAGGGAUAUUUCUGGUUUUAAGUCAUGGGUUUUACUAGCAUUUAUAUAUAUAUAUAUAUAUAUAAUAGAAAUAGAUUUUGCAAUUCACGUCAGAUGUACUUAUGUGACUGACUGCUGACAGUUUUAGGUUUCCAUCCAUUGUAACAAAGUUCAGUGUUAAAAACAAAAUCACUGGUUUACGCUGUUUACUAUCACUGAUAGUUUUGGUACACUUGCUGGCAUUUAAAGUAAGGCCCUGAAGAACCAGAAAGUACCUUUUACUGUUGAUACAAAUUGUAUCUUUUUAACUGAGAACUAUUUUGAUUUGUAGAUUUAGUGGAAACACAGAUAUAAGCAUAACUAGUCUUUUGGGCAACAUUUUAUCCCUUAUUUAAAAAGUAGAGAUUUCAGUCAUAUACUAGACCUAGGUGAGUAAAACUAGAUAUUUAUUUAGGUGUCUGUCUCAGUUUCACGUGUUAAAAAGAAAAGAGAAACUAUUGGCAUCUUCUUCCUUCUAAAAUCUUUGUAGUGGGAGCUCACUAAAAUAAAGGUAAAAUGCUGCCUGAAAAUGAUGUCCAAGCACCUUUGAACAUGAAGAUGUUUUCACUACCCGUGCGACACCGUGUGUUGCAGCGAGUAGGGUUUGGGUAUACAGUAAAUGCUUCUAAAGAGCAUUGUGCUUAUAGACAUAUCCAAUAAUCUGAACCAUGUUCAGCAAACCAAUUCAGGAGGUGUAGUGCUCUUGCAGCUCCCGCCGCUGAUGCGCUGCGGGAUCUGCCAUCGCCCGGCCCUGCGGCGAUACCAGAGGGGCUCUACGCUGUCUGUCCUACCUUGUCUGUUCAGGGAGAGGACCUCUCUGUCACCUCUGGCAACAGUUUUUCCCUGGAUUUGGUUGGUUGCCAUCCGUAGAGCAUGUUUUAAUGUAGAGAUCGAUGCAGCGCUGACGCCGAGGUUUGGACUGGGAAAUGGGUCUCGUCUUAGUUGUACACUAAGAUUGGGGUUUUUUUAAUUGAAUUACACUCAAGUACUACACCAUAGUGUAGAUGCAGCUGUUCUAAUAAUGCAAUGAUUCUAUUUGUGUUUGUAAUGGGUUUCUAUUUUUAUGUAGGAAUUUACUUCUGCCAAAAGCUGAAUUCCGUUAAGCGUGAACAGAAGCGCGCGUGUGUUUGUGUGUGUGUGUAAUAGAGGUGUUGUGUCUUUCUCCCUGUCACAUGAGCAUCAGAAUGCGUCCCACCCUGCACAUGUAGCAGUCUGGCCCUGAGUAUUGGAUCAGCAGGCUUAGCCACCUUGGUAAACCACUGCAAGGAGCCCCGUGGGACUGUGCUGCAGCACCCAGACCUGGGUUUAUCGGUAUUGAUUGCCUCCCUGUGUGUUUAAGGCAGUGUUGAAUCCUUGAAAGCGUGGGGAUUGCUAGAGGGUCUUUGUAAUAGGUUCUGUGCUUUGUACUUAAGCACUGAAAAUGCUUUAAAAGUAUAAGAAUAGGAGUAAUUUGGUGGGGUUUAAUGUUGUGCAAUGAUGUGCCAGUUCCUCUUAGACUCUUAUGUUGGGUAAAACAAAUUUACUGUGGACAAAAUAUUGGUCUUGAUAGUUCCCCUGGUUUUGCUGUGAUAGUAGGAAUGAGGAGUUGUGCAUCAGCUCUUCCACAAUGAAGACAACAGUCUAUGUUUAACAGCCUUUAGAAAGAACACCAGUAACAAACACAAGCACAACGACAGUGGUCGAAGACUACAUUUGUCAAUGUAAUUGUUGUGGUGCAAAUAACCAAACUGUAACAUCCCACGCAACUCAGUACAGGUGGUUCCACGGCACUGUCUGUGCCCCAUGGCACAGAAAGCCCGUAGUUUCAGAUCCAAUCCCAAGCUAUUAUAGCCACAUCAGCAGAUAGACAGACAGUAUUUUCAACACACAUUAGGCAUCUGCACACACUUGUUUUGUGUGCAGCAAUUUAGAGUUUUUAAAUAUGUCCCAUGGAUCCCUAACUGAGCUAAAUGUGCCCAGGCUCUGACAGUGUUAAUCGCUUUGUUGUGCUUUUUGUGCUUUUAAAUGCACACCUAUGUGUGUAUGAGUGCUUGGCAAGCGUGUGCUUGGCUGCUGCUAGUAGUCUGAGAUAACAUCGUAUCUGUUUAGCUGUCCUAUUUUCUUUGGCAUGUCUGAACUGUAGUUUGGUCCCUUCACUGCAAAAUAGCCCUGGGCAGUGUCAGAAUCCUACUGUGGUGGUGGUGACACCCCAAAACGAAGGUGUGCUGGGCUGCUGCAGCCCACCAAGGGUGCUUGGGCAGCCUCAGAGCGCGUGGGCUGUUGUUGAGCUAUUGGUGAUCUUUUGCUGUGAAACUUGUAGCUAAUGGGGAAUUCUUUUCCAAAAAAUAUCAAAGCUCUGUCGGUGUAAAGCAGUUACCUCGCUCGGAAGGGAGGGCUGGGGAUGUUUGCCCCGGCAGGGUGGGCGCCGAGGGGCCAAUGCCUCAGCUGAGCGAUACCGCAGCAGCUUGCUGCAGUCAGAGACUACCAAAACAUUUCUCUAUCAGUUGAUGGUGUGACCAAGGGAUUUUCGGUGUGUAAAGCUUGAAACAUUGAGACACAAUGCUUUCAUAAUCUCUGGAGUGUUUCGUAAAAUACCCAACUGACUUUUCCUUGCUACUGAAAAUUUAUAAUGCUGUGCAAUUAAAGAGACCAUUUUUUAAAAGAUGAAACAAUAAUUUAGAAGUUAUUUAUUUUGAUUUACAGUGUGACUCUUGCUAAUUUAUUCCUUGCAUUAUAAGGCCGUGGUGGAGCGCUGUUUAUAUUUUUUAUUUAUCACAGGAACUAAAACUGCUGAGAAGAAGAAACAAUAGAUUUAAACUUAAAUCAAAACUCCAUGGCCUUGUUUUGUUUUUCAUAAAAGGGCUGAGGUUUUAUAAAUGUCAAAUCACGCGUUUUACAUACUUUGUAAAUUAUAGAGAAGUGUAGUUUUUAAGAAUUUUGAUCAAAUUCAAUGUGUAUGUGCACGUUGUUUAGACUGUGUAACUAAUCCCAAACCAUUCUGUGCUAAGUUCCAGUGAACUUUUUCCUAGGCAACGUGAGAGAUGUUCAGACUUCAUCUUUAGACAUUCUAGAACACAGUUCAUCUAUCUCAAGGUUUCAUUGGAAACUGAUGAUCCAGUCACCUAAUCCCAGGUGGAAUGUCUGUUUUUGUGUGAGCCAUCCGAGGUGGCACACCACUGCAUCAGGAAUAUGUAGGAGGUCUUGAUAAAGGCACUGUCAAACACACAGAGGUGUUCAUAGUUACCAGUGUGCUUUAAACAGUUUUCCAGCUUCCAUUUUCAGGUCUUAAAGGGUUGUCAUAACUUGUGCUGAAGUGUUUGUUACUGUCAGCCCUUUCACCUAAAUGACUGCAAUAGUUCUUGUCCCCUCCUCAGGCAGAAUGGCUGUGGAGGGCCCAGUCUCCCUAGCACUCAUAUGCCUGCCUAACUGCAGCACAAGCACUCAAUGUGGGCCAAAUCCAGUGGUGUGGGAGAAGACUUGAGUAACACUGCCACGUGUGUAAGUGCGGGAGGGCUGAGGCCUUGAGGAGCACAGCUGGGGGGCUGUCUGCUCCCAGAAAGAAGCGAGAUCUCACUGGUGCUGACAGGCCGCUCGGCCAGGGUUGGACUUUGUAGGAACACCUACUAACCGAAUCGCCUCAGAUGUUUAAGCACACCCAUCCUCAGUGUCUUAGUGGUGUAACAGUCUGCCUUGAAAAACACAACCUCUCUACUUUUUGUACAACUACCUUUCUUUGGUUUCAGAUGCAGUCUUAAUUUACCAUGUUAGGUGGUCUGGUUGCUUACUUUUUAUUUAUCUGAAUGGCUUCAUAAUGAAAGUGAUAUUUAAAAACUGUUUUACCAGCAUAUUACAGAAUAUCCUGCAAGGAAACAGAAAUGCAGGUACAGCAGCAAUAAUUGUGUAUUGUAGUUCUUUUCCCCCUCGUUAUCUCUUUACUGGUGUUGAGUAGGUGAGGUUUUAGUACUGUCCUGAACUCUGCUCCGGCAAAAACAUUAGUUAAAAAUAACGUUUGGACUACUUGAUAAAGUAAUUGUCAAACUGGGUUUUCGUUCCUUCACUGGUUGUUCUGUAUUAUAUCUGUGAUGUGACUAUUCACAUCUUAAAAACCACCUUCUGAACCGUACAAGAAAAACCAUGUACAUGGAGUCUUUUAGAGAAAA